CCGUUCAAGCUUUGUGACCUCUCUGGUCGCAUUCUGCUAUGGUACCUUCCUGAUGUGGUUCCCGAGUGGCUACAGGCCCUUGUGUUUGGGUCCCUCCUUCCGGUGCAUAGGCAGCUCAAGGCUGGCAUCAGCGCCGCUAAUGCGGCCACAUUCCGGAACCACACCAGUUUAUUCCUCCCACCCCAGGCUUCCGGAAUCCAACCUGGAUCAAUCAACCUGUCUCCAGGCUGGUACCAAUCCGGUCAUGACAAGGACCCCACCCAUUAUCCCGAACCCUCUGCUAACUGGAGGGAUCUACAGGGGGACCUCGCCAGCACCGUGGUAGAUCUUUCCGGCCUUCAUGCCCUUGCUUCUGGCGUCCUCCGGCUCGUCCAUCCAUGGCAAUACAUCCAGGGGAAGGCUUGUAUGCGGUCACUCAGCGAUGAUAUCAACACCAGGAGCCACAUCAGACAGUGGGCUUCGGUCUUCAAUGCCGCCACUAUACUCUCUAACCGAGAGACAGUCCUCCAUAGAGAUGGUGGAGGUACAUAUCCUUGGUAUGACAUCUUAUCCACCCAUGGACGGUACCGGUAUGGCCAGCUAUCCUUUCCCAUGCUCAGGAUCGACCUUGACUACCGGCCGGGCACCAUGGUGCCAUUCUGUGGCAAGCUCUUGAGACAUGGAGUGCCGCACUGCCAGGGAGACCGGGUAUGUUGGGCUUAUUAUAUGAAGGAGGGUGUACACAGGCGU